GACAGCGAUGGUGUCGACGUCUGGUGGUCAGUAGCGAGAACCAUGCAUCAGCCGAAACGAUCGGUACAGCAGCAUCAGCAGCAGCAAACGCAACGACGACGACGACGAGGCGAUCGGGGAAGAAGAGGUGGGAUAGUGCAGAAGGGACGAAACGCGGACACGAAACAGGAGUGUUUAGAUGUUGUCGCCCGCACCGUGUGCUGCUUAGCUCGAUCACUGCACCGAUAGCCGUUUAGCGCCCGGAUAUUUUGCCGAACCCAAUGCAGCAACCAGCAGCCGGAAGCCAUAGAUCGCAGGAGAAUCGACGCAGACGUAGAAGAAGAGCGCGCAAAAAGGAGCAGCAGCAGCAGCCGCCACUCGGCCGGACAGGAACGGCGCUCGUUCACGACCGAGCAUGGCACCCCACACGCAAACUGCCGGUGGAGUAGGGGGCAUUACGAUUAAGCAAACGUUUCAGCGCCGCCAGUGGCCAUACAACACUGUCAACACGGGCGGUACCGGUGGAACAGCGACGAACGCUGUGACCACCACCGGCGCGGCUACUAACCCUGCAACCAUCGCUGCUGGCACGACGACCGCUGGCAAUAGUAUUAGUAUAAGUAGUAAUAGUAACGCUGGUAGUAACGGUAAUGCUGCUGGUACGAUCGCACAGACGACAGCGGCGGGUGCGUCGGCGGGAUCAUCAUCGGUAUCAACGUCGGAACAACAGCCGACCGGCACUACCAUCACCACUGCCUUUGCGACGCCAGCGACGUCCCAGACUGGCAGUAGUAAUUUUUCCACCACCACCACUACCAACAACACUGCCACCGCUGCAGCCGCCGUUGCACUGCUGCGAGUCGCUUCGGGCAGCACCGCAGCCGGACUGGCCGUGAGUCCUUCGAACAAACUGAAGCGCCUGCAGCCAACGUCCGCAUCGGCGACGGCAUCGACAGCCGCCACCGCGCCACCGCAACCCCAGCCACCUACCACCACCGGUGUUCAAACAGACGGAACUGGAAAAAGCAAUAGCAACAGCAAUAAUAAUCCUGGCGGCCAUCAUGUUGCCGCCUCUGCCAAACGUGCCCGCCCGAACCAGGAUGGGGCCAAGAUCGUGUGUAAGUCGGUCGGUACCAACACCAACGGGCCGCCCGCACUGGUCGCCGUGAACAGCAGCGCAACGCAGAAAAAGCUGACCCAAAUGGCAAUCGUGGCGGCCACUAGCAGCAGCAGUACUAGUAGCUCGGUACCAUCGGCGGUCAACAACAGCACGUCGACGUCGUCGAUGGUGAUGAAGUCGGGCGGAGGUGCACCGUUGCCAGCGACGACAACCAGCACUACCACCACCACCAUGCUGACCGCCGCCAUUCCGGCAGAACUGGCCAAAGCGAACAAAAUUACUGGGUAUUUUAAAUCGCAGCUGAAAACACCGAACACGUUCCACAAUUUGAAGAAAACCAUCAAAACCGUUGCGGGACGUGCGUCAGCGCUGCAGCAGCAAAAGAGAAAACUGCUUGCCGAUGGUACGUCCGAAGGUUACCCGGAGCUGACCACCACCUCGCUGAAAUCGACUCCUGCCGGGAUUUUAACCGAGGUCAGCACUGCACCGAAUCCCGCUCCCUUAUCGGAGGCGAAUAUGGAGAAGUAUUUGAAACUGUACCAGCAGCAAGCAUUAGGCACAACGAUCGUACCCAACGGUACGACGCUAACGACGACGGCACUGGAAGCAUUUGCCGUGGCUACGCUUGCUGCGUCCGAGGCGGCAGUAACAGCAGCGACCAACACUUCCGGUGCAUCGGCGGCAUCUUCUUCCAGCACGACGACCAACAGCAACACUAUUGCGGUGUCGAAAAAGGUGGAACGUAAAACGGCACGCAUAGCGCCGACCGUAUCGGCCACACGAAAGAUCAGCCAUACCGUGCAGGGUGGUCUCGGUGUUGGCGGUAGUGCCGGUGCUGUGGCAGCAGGCCAGACGAAGAAACCGAUCAAUAUUGCACCACGAACGACAACCGUCAGCAGUACGACGGCGGUUUAUCAGCACACGAUCGUUGCGGCUCCGACGAGCGGUCCGAUCAGCAACAACAACACCACUGCCAGUGUACACCAUCAUCAUCAACAGGCGACAACGACAACAACCACCACGCAGAAGACUGAGCAGCACCCGCUGAUGAUGGGUAAAGCGCAACCGCCACCGCCAGUUCUACUCACCACGAUACGGCUACCGGGUCCGGCGGCUCAUCAACACUCACAACCGUUGCAGCUUCCUCCGAACGUUAUCGUUUCACAGCCCCAAUCGGGCACGGGAACACAGACAGGUGCGGCCACUGUUGUACCGCAGUAUAAAUCGAUUAUUCCUCAACAAUCCACAACCACAAGCGCCGGUACGACAAAAUCAAUGCCCGGCUCGAAACACGCAACGGCAGUCAGUACCGCUGCCACCACCACGAUCGCUCCAGCUGCGGCCGUGUUCCAGUUCCAUCAUCACCAUCAGCUGUCGGGAGGUGGCGCACCCGGCCAGAUACCGAAUCUGGUGCAGAUCUCGAACCUGCUUCCUCUCGCGGCUGCCCAACAGCAAGCCAAACUAACCGGUGGGGCUUCCCUGACGCUUGCCAAUGCCGCCAAUGCGGCGGCCAUGCAGCAGCAGCAGCAGCAGCAACAUCAACAGCAGCAGCAAGUCGCCUCGGCGGCAGUGACUGCAGCCACGGCAGCAGCAUUUGCGCUCGGUGCCGCCGGUACACCGUCGGCCGCAGCCGCCAACCUGCUAGUCAAUGCGAACGGCAUCAACAACGGUACCGCGGCUGGGUUGAUUCGCAGCGGUGCGGCUAAUGGCACUGCUGGAACUGCUGGUCCUACACCACAGCUCGUCAUGAACGCAACCUUCAUCAAAAUCCAUCAGAUACAGCAGCAGCAGCAACAGCAAGCGGCUGCGGCCGCUGCUCAUCAAGCCGCCCAACAGCAGCAACAGCAGCUGAUGGCCGCAGCCGCUAGUUCGGUUGCGAACACCACCCAACAGCAGCAAAGCUUCACGAUGGAAGCGUCCGCAAUGAACAUGAACUUUAGCGGAAUGUUCGCUUCCAAACCGACGACCACCGUUGUGCCGUACACGUGCCAACCGACCGCUGGUCGACCAUCCGCUUACCAACCGGCGAACGGGACGCCGACACUGUACCCGGCGACACUAAACCCAUUCGCUGCCCAGCAGCAACAUGCACCGCAACAGCAGCAACAGCAGCUGAUCAUGACACCCAGCGGAGGGAUUUUUGUGAACGCGGCCGCCAUCCCGGCGAUGAUCAAUUCGCAGCUGAGCGCGGCCUUCACACCGACGUCCGCCAACAUUCCCGCACUGCAUCCGCUGCAGCCGGGACCGAUGCCACCCUCCACGCAGGGUGGCGGUGCGAACGGCACCAGCGGUGCCACCACCACCGGACAGUUACCAAAUAUCACAGCUAUCAUCCAACAGAGCAAUGGCGGACCGGCUGCCUUGAAUGGUAGCGCAACCGGUACCGCCCAGCAACCCCAGCACCAUCACCACCACCACCAUCACUCGCUGCUGGCAAACAUUUCGCCUGCGAUCCUUUCGAACCUGCAGGUAGCGGCGGCUGCGUUUGCCUCGUCCGCCAACGCUGGCACUGGUGUGAGUGCGGCAAACAAGCUCACACUCGGACAAGCAACAUCAUCCGCAGCAGCAGCAGCAGCGACUCAGUUUGUGCCGAUCUCAGCUGCAGCACACUACGGCGCCGGAACGACGCUGUACGCAGCGACAGCCGCAGGCAUGAACGCAUCGGCCCUCGGUAUCGCCACGUCCAUGCAGCAGCAUCACGCCCAGCAACAGCAGACGAUUAUGUCGUCCGGCGUCCAAUCGCUCUCUCCGCCGCCCCUCGUGGCCACAGUGCCCACCUACACCACCACCGGCAAACCGAUCAUGAACGCGGUGCUUAACGGUGUCUCAUCGGCAGUACCGACGUCGUCUGUGACACCUGCUGGCACGACACUGCUGGCAGCGGCCCCAACCGGCACCGCAAAACCACCCGUCGGUGGCGAACCGCCCGGAUUGGUACCGGUGCAGCUUCCGAAGCAGCAACCACCGACGGCAACGUCGACGGUUCCGCUACCGAAGUUGGUUCGUUCAUCCACGCUUACGUCACGUAGCAACGGUUCCACGCAAACACCGUCGGCUGUGAUACCUUCCGUGGCGCCCAGCUCACCGCCGGCCCUGAAUCCACUCACGCUCGAUUGUGGCAGCAGCAACGACAGUGGCAUCGUCGCCAACUCCAGCGAUAGCGAGGACAAGUCGCUCACGAUCGAUCUCUGCUCGCCCGGCUCUCCCUCCGACACGUCCUCGGCCAAGAAAGGCGAAGAGGGGGAUGAAGAGGAGGAAGAGGACCCGGUUCAUCAUCACAUCCACGAGAAUCAUCUCAGUCAUCAUCAUCAUCAGCAGCAGCAAAGGCGUCAUCUGCAUCACCGGCGUCACGUGGCUGGCAGUGCCGGUGGUAACAAGGACGACACACGAACAACAGCAUCCUCGAGAUCGUCACCGCUCUCUACCUCGUCUUCGGAAGAUUCCGAGGAUCAGUUGAUCGUCGAUCAUGCGCCUCCGGUGACGAGUACUCCCGCAACGGUAGCGUCCGUUGCGGUGUCACGGCCACCACCGCUGCUGCUUCUGUCCGAUGUGGCAGUAGCGGCUGCAGAGGCUGAUGCCGCACUCAAUAAGCAUCAGACGGCGUCGGUGGGCAACCAAAAGCACGCCACCAACUCCACCGUUCUGGAGUUGAUACGACAAAAGCAUGAGCAGCAGCAGCAGCAACAGCAGCAGCCAGACCAUCCACCGAUGGAGCAGGAGGACGACGAAAACACAUCGUCCACCGGCAAGCAGCUUCCCGAGGAGCAGCAGCAAUCACCGCAGGAAGCCAUGUCUACGAUGUCAUCCUCAGCUGCAACAGAUCUGCAAGGAGAUUACAGUGCCGCUUCAACUCCUCAAAGCGCAAGCUCUUCGGACAGUGCGGGACCUCCACAGCAUCAGGAGCCGGGGCAAGAACUGGAGAAGAAACGGCAGGGUCAAUCUUCAAUUGAUUCCCGUACCACGAAUUCUUCACCCUCGUCCGAACAGUCGCAUCUGUCGCCACCGAGCAUCGACACGGACAUGGUGCAGCAGAGCCCGUUCGCACCGGAAGCAACGUGCGCGAAGAGUCCGAUCCUGUCGCAGCCGAAAACGAUCCGCUUUCCGGCACCGUCCGGUACGGCACCGCAUCACAACUUCGGCCGGAAAGGGUUCCGCCGGUCGGGUGAUGGAAGGCUGUACGGGGUUUGCUAUUGGCGCGAUUGUGUGAGCAAGUUUGACAGCAGCUCGCAGCUGCUCGAUCAUCUGCAGAUAGCGCACGUGAACACGCAGAAGGAUCCACCGUACGCGUGCCUGUGGGAUGGCUGCAAGGUACAUAAUAAGGAGUGCACCAAAUUUAACUGGCUCGAAAACCACGUCCAGUCGCAUGCCUGCAGCAAACCCCACAAAUGCAUCGUGGCCGGGUGCGGAAUGCGCUUCGCCUCGCAGCCGAUGCUGCUAAAGCACGUCAACAGUCACUUCGCGAACGUGGACAGCAAUAGUUCUGGCAAGCGAUCGUCCGAUCCGCCCGUCCCGAAGGUGCUUAGGAAGACGGGCAAAAAACUGCGCUACCGUCGGCAACCGUGGUCAGCACGUCGCUUUGAUUUCUUCGACUCCGGCGUAAUGGAAGGUUUGCAGCAUCGUUUGAUACGGCUUGGUACGAUUGCGAGCGGCCAGGGCGGCGCAAUAACUUUCCGUGGGAUACAGCUUGGCCGUCGUCACAUGCCGAGCGAAGGAACGGAAGUGCUCGUCCGAUGGUAUCCUGCAGAAAUCUUGCCAGACGAAUGGUUACCGGAGCUGCCGGUGGGUGAGAAGUUCGUGAAGCAAGUGAGCAUACACCGCCUCACGAUCGAGCAGCGAAACGAUCUGUCCGAUUAUUUGAAACAAGAUCGACUCAAUCCAACGGCGGCCGCCAUUGUGAAUCCGUUUGCCGCACUGCACGAGCAUGAGUUUGAGUCACCGAUUACUGCGAGUGGCAGUGGAAGCAGCUCCAAUCUUAGCAGCAUCAGCAGCAACAGCAGCAGCUGCAGCUGGAGCAACAACAGCUUCUCCAAUCAGGCUGUUCGGUUCAACUGUCGCACGGCACCAAAGCAACAGCGCAAGCGGUCGAAACUUUCCGCGACGGAUUCAAACGGAUCCUGUUCGUCCCAAUCCAUUACGUCCAGCGGGUUUUCGUCGAUCUUUUCAACCUCUCUCACGUCCUUAUCCGGUGGUACGAGUAGCGCUGCUAGCCAAAACAACACGGCCGUGUCAUCAUGUGGUAGCAGCAGCCGUGAGCGAACCUGCGGUGUAAUGCAACUAUCCUCCUCAAGUGCUUCAUCGACAAUCUCCUUCACAUCCGCGUCAGUAUCCUCCUCCACAUCGUCAUCCUCAUCAUCAUCGUCCGGGCUCUUGAAGUCUUCCUCAUCAUCCUGACCGUCGACAGUGGCAGAGGUGGAAAAUAUGAAGGCGCUCAAUCAGAAGCGCAAGGCCAGAAUCAUCACUACAACAACCGACCGUACUAAAGCGGUCCCGGCGGCACCAACACCACAAUCAGUCAGGAAUGGACGCAUCCGUAUGUUGACCUCAAAGAAGAAGCAAACUGAUGGAAUGCAACAAACAACAUCUCAUAGUGUAACAGGAGAACGAAUUCAGCGCCGUACCACAGCGAAGCGAUAAGCUCGGGUGCUGUAGUGCCGGUUUAGGAAGCCGUAUUGAAUUGUACAUUGAUGGGGAUCGUGGACAGAUGAGCAUUUGUCUCUGAAGGGUGGUAAACACUGCGUUUAAAAAAAGAGGGGGACAAGAUCAAUGAAACGAUCUUUGCAUCCCCGCCACAUUAACGAUACAAUCCAUAACAAGAGCAAUUGCAAAUAAGUAUAACUCAGAAUUAUAAGUACGUCUAUAAAGUGAAUUAAAAGCGCCAAACGCUCUAGCAUUGUAAAACGCAUCCGCCGUCUCUCGAAAAGUGAACUGAUCGGACGGCAAAGAGAGACGAUCGAUAAAACAUCCCCCACCAAACACCACCUAUUCUCACACACUAACCACACACAGUACUAAUACCAACACGUUCAACAGGACGUGCAGCGGACGCAGUAUAGUAGGUCCAUCAAUAUCGCCAUGGAAUGAUUUCUGGACGACGGUGUGUGUGUGUGUUGUGAAUGGAUUGCACACAUAUAGUUAUAAUUUUAACCCAAUCUACUCACGGGCUCCGUUUUCAGGAAUGUGAAUAUAGGUUUUAGUUUAAGCAGAGUUAGAUAAUUGUCAGCAUUUGUAAAUGUGUUUUCCUAAUUUUCUUCGAUCAAUUGUUUACACCGGGUGCGAUUGAUCUACUACUACUAAAAGGGAAAUGAUUGGAAUGAAGAAGAAGUUGGACACAUACGGUGCAUGGCGUGAAUGAUCAAGCGAAACCAGUCAAAGCUUGUUUUUCGUAUUGAAUAUAGUUCGGUGGUAUAACUAGCAAUACACACUCACCCAGCAUAAAAAAGCACAAGCAGCAAAUGUGUACAAAACGGUUAGGCGAAGUGCUUUUCUUCUUUUGUUUUGUUUUUUAAUGACAAAGCAAUUUAACAUUGGAAAAAAGCACAAGAAAACAAAAUCAUACAAUUUAUCAUGCGGCUUAACGAUGGGAUGCUAGGAUGAAUCGUUACACAAAAUUAUUUCACAAAUCCUUUGAUCUCAAAAAGUAGUACUGCGUUAGUAUGUAGGGAGCAACAAAAAAAGAAGGAAAUCGAUUAGCGAGAGGAUGUGCAGCAAACGUUUGGAGUCACGACACGGUGGCCUUGCAGGGGUACUGCAUACACACAUGUUGUUUGUUCCCCUUCAUGCGUGGAAUGCGGAGAUGGGGAAGAAGCGUAACAUAAUGUGCUAGUGACGUAAUGCUAGGUUUAGAAACACGCUGUGACCAUAACAACUUUUGGGGUCCUGUACGAGCGAGGAUGGCAUAAUUAGAAGCUUUCUCUCCUUUUCAGUACUCAUUGACACGAAACACUACCAUACCAACGUACCCCAUACUAGUACGCUGGACAGGGCGCAAAAAUAGAGUAAUCUAGCAAUACUUAAAGAAAAAAAAACAAACAGCAUUGCGAUGGUUAAAGACUGAAAACGUAUUUUUACUAGAUUGUACAGUGAAAGGACGAAAGCGAAUGGGAGGACGCGAAGGAUAGUACGAACGAAGAUAGAAACAGAACGAACGCACACUUUUGUAAGCGAGCGAUGUGAUGGCGAAGAUGCGUUGCUGCAACAUUUGAUGGCACAAAAACGCUUGAUAAAAAAUUUAUAUCCCUUUUCACUGUGUGAUGAUAAGAAUGAUCCCACAUUCCCUUAUUCUCCACACGGAAGCACUAACAGCAGCAGCAAAAAGGAUCAUGAGGCAGCUCCGUUCCUUUGCGUUAAUGAUCGUCACGAUCACUGAGAACGGAAUGAACUCUCUCUCUCUCUCUACAACUUGUGAUCAGAUCGCAUUUAUUAUUUUUUUUUUGAAGAUCGCAUGUU